CCAGAUAUUCAAAUCAGAACCACCAAUAUGAGUGAUUUUAGUAUUGAUUAUAUAUUAAAUAGAGCCGGUGAAAAGUAUGAAGGAACUAAUCGUUCACUCGGCAUUAUUAAACGUAAUAAUAAAAUUCCACAAUUUCAUCCAUUUAUGAUGGUCAUAAAUGAUCAUGAAAAUAAAUUGGAAUUUUUGAAACAAUUGCAACAGCAGCAACAAGAACAACAACAGCAAUGUUUGGAGGAAAUGCCUGUAUUGGAUUGGUUACAAUAUUCCCGCUAUCAUCCACCAAAGUUGCCCAGAUCUUUACGUCAAGGACCGGCCAAACGUACUCCUGGACGUCUUCCACGCAUACCUUUUACGCCUGCUCAGUUACAAACCCUAGAGAAUGCCUAUAAAAAUUCCAACUAUUUAAGUGCUGAAGAUGCCAAUAAAUUGGCAGAAUCAUUGGAUUUGACAAAUACUCGUGUUAAAAUAUGGUUCCAGAAUCGUCGUGCCCGUGAACGACGUGAAAAGCGUGAAAAAGAAGAAUGUUAUGAUUCCACACUAUCUUCUAAUGCUUCAAGUCCUGAACCAGAGGAUGUUAUAGAUAUCGAAUAG